AUGCUUCUUAAUAAAGAAUUUUAUCUUUAUUUUCCAGAGGGUAAUAUUAUUGUAAUAACCAAUUAGAACAUGAAAUUUUGAUAAAGUUUAAGAAGUAUGAAAUAAGAAAAUUCUUUGAUGGUUAAAUUCAAUUUACAUAAAGUGAAAUGCACUCAAUCUAAUAAUUUAAGCAAAAAUAUUAAGUUUAAAAAGAGGAUUCCUUUAUUUUAAGAAUGUUAUAUGCAACUAAAUUUAAGUUUGAAAAAUGUUUUGAUGCUAUUAAAAAUUUUGAUGAAUGGAGAUAAAGUAUAGAUUCUAAAGUAAAUCCUAUGUCAUAAGAAUUAUUGGUAUUAUUUAAAUUCAUUCAAUAGAAAUAAGGAGUAAUAUAUAUGCAUGGAAGAGACAACAGAUUUCGUCCAAUUCUUGUUGUAAAUGCUAGAAAAGUUGCAGGAAUUAAAGAAAUAGAUCUCUUAUUAUAAUCAAUGACUGUAUUUCUUGAUUAUAUAUUAUCAAAUUGUAUGUUACCUGGUCAAAUAGAAAAUUGGUAAUUAUUAUCUCAAUAUUUAGGAUUGUAAUUAUGGAUUUAGGAGGACUUGGUAUUAUGGGGUUGCCUAAAUAAGAUCUUUAUAGAAUAAUGAAUUAUCUAUCAAGUAAUUACAGAUCAAGAAUGCAUAAAUGUUAUGUUAUUAAUUGUAAUAAAGCCUUAAGCAUUACCUGGGCUAUGAUUAAAACAUUUUUGGAAGAUAUCACUGUAAAUCAAUAAACUGAAAAUAAUAGGUGUAUAAAAUACUCUUUGAAAGUUGUCCUAUUUCAUUGUUAUAAUAUGCAAAUCCUUCAUAAUUAGAGAAGAAAUAUGGAGGUAUAGCCAAUGACAAAUCAGAUAAUUUUUGGUAAUUCAUUUCAUAGUAAUUGUAGGCCACCUUAAGAAAUAAGUCCCAAUUAUCAAAUUGCUAUAGACAAUAUUAAGUUGAUAGAUUAAUUAACAUAUAUUGAACUCUUUAAAUAAGGAAGAUUAAAUAAAAAUAUAGUGUGUUAAGAAUUAAUCAAACUUUAGUAACUUUAAUAAAAUAACCAACAAAUCAAAUAAUAACAAAAGUCUGAAGAUGACUUUCAAUCUUGUGAAGAAGACAAUGAUUUAUGA